UUAUGUACACAAAGGUGGCGAGUGUAUUUAUUUGCUGUUGCAUAUUAUGAAGAUUUUUUUAAAUAUAUAUAUUUGAAGAUUUGUAACACCACCUGGGUUUGGGAAGAAAGAGGCCUGUCAGGGAAGGGAAGGGAAGCUAAAGUAGACAGACUAAGCUCAUAUUGUCCCAUCAAAAUACAAAUCACACAAAAGGACAGACGGCAGAGCUCUGCAGAAUGGAGCCGACUGCCUCUGGAAUCUUCUGCAGCAGGAUGCUGAGUAUGGUCAACUCAGAGGACGUAAACGCAAUCAUCCAGGCCCAGAGACACAUGCUGGACCGCUUCGAAAAGACCAACGAGAUGCUCAUUAACUUUAACGGCUUGUCCAAUGUGCGGCUGCAGCAGAUGAACGACCGCUUUCUGCUCCACACUCGCACUUUAAUUGAAAUGAAGAAGGACUUGGACAGCGUUUUUCGCCGAAUAAGGACAUUGAAAGGCAAGAUUGCCAAGCAGUAUCCAGAGGCCUUUAGCAACAUUCGUGAAGCUUCCAGUCUGGAGGAUGAUGAUGAUGACUUUGACCCUGUCCCCCCCAGUGUAGCCACAACCACGGCCACCUCUGAACAGAGCACUGAAUCUUGUGACACGAGCCCUGGCGUUAUCUCUCCGACCAUCAGCCGCUGCUCUGAGGAGCUUUCUCAGGAGAAUCCAGACACUCCAACCUCGACCAGCCCUGAGAGGGCAGUGCUGCUGGAUGAAGGCCCAGAUUCAGUCAAUAUCUAGAGAAUCUAUAGAUUUUUGUGGACAUGUUGCUAAAGAUUUGGAAUAGCCGUGUGCUUUGCAUUUAUUAGCCGGAGUGUGUUUGAUGUAACAGGUCAUUGCACGCUGUUUACUAUGAGGAAGUGAAUGCUGCUGUACUUGUGAUAUAAUGUUGAAAAUGUUUUGCCAUAUUUCUUGUGGGAUUCACUAAUUCUUCAUCAGGUCUUCUUAAGUCCAGUCAUGCAGACGUACUACUCCGAAACAUUACCCAGAGCUAAAAUAUGCUGUAAAUGUGUUUGCUAAAUGUGUUUUUAGUCAAAACGAUCAGCUCUUGAAGUACGUGAAAAUUUUGUCGAUUUUUCUUUUCAUUUUUAGAUAAUGUUAUAUGGUGUUUUAUUAUUUCAGAUGAAGUUUCAUGUCCGAUUAAAGUAAUAUGUAUUGCCUAAUAAAGUUCUACAAUCUUUUAAUCUCUAACUUAUGCUGGUUUUGUACACAUGAUGUUUUAAUUACUGAUUCGUUAACUGAUGUGGAAUGAAUCCAUUUGUUUUAGUGUCUGUAACAGUUAUACAGUUUGAAUUGUCUUGGUGGUUUGCUUAGCUAUUCCAACUGGGCCAUGUAAAAUAAAUAUGACCGUGUGGAAAGACAGGUUUGAUAUCUUAUUGUGAAUACAAUGAUCACAUUAAGGUCUCUGUUAGGAUGAAGAAGUGUUUGUGUAUGCUUCAUUCGCACGAGCAAAUAUAACCUGUACUGGUGUUUUGUGUUCCCAUCAAACAAUGUUAACACGUUUUUAUAACCAAAAAAUAAAUAAAAAUCCGUUAACAUUA